AUGUCUAAUCAUCCACAACCACAACCACAACAACAGCAACAACAUCAACAACCUUGGGUCCCCGAUCCAAAUAUCCAAGCACAAGUUGAUGUAUUGGAGAACAACAACAACCUCACAGAUCAACAACGACUCUCCAUAAUUAGGAGUAUCAGCACCGAUAUUCGAUAUCUGCCCCAGAGGUUGCUUCUUCUACUUGCUGCUCAAGGUGCCCCACAACCAGUAGUCCAAGCUCCCGGUGUUGCAGGAGGAGGUGGUGGCCAAGCGCCAUUCGAUAGGUUGAUAGAGGUACAGGAGGCAACUAACGCCAACAUCAUCACCCUCACCAAUGUCGUCAUGGAGUCAUCCUUCCAACAAAUCGCCUUCUCGGACUGUACCUCCAAGCAUUUUGACCGAGUCAAGAUUGAGAAGUCUUUGAUCAUCCACCCACAUGUCUUACCCAAGUCCAUUCUAGAGAGUGCCACAUCCUUGUUUAAGCUCAAGUCGGAGACUGCCAAGAUCAAGAUUCAUCACAAAACAAACGAGUUCAAAUGGACUGGGAAAGAAACAGACAACAUGAACAAUUUCAAUGCAUGGCUCCACAAACACAUCACGUUUCAUGACCUCAACCUGCUCGAUGUUCACGCACAGACACAGUUCAUGUCAUACCUCUGCGAAAGAAAGAGAUACAUGGGUAGCACAGACUUUGUCAUCUCAAUGGUCAAUGACAUUGAAUCAGUCAACCGACAUAUCAACAUCACUAUCGAGCUGAAGAUGCAGGCACCAGAGUCCAGAGACAGAUACCAGACAAUGCUUCAGCUCAUUUCUGCCAGCCAAAUGUCCAAGGACCACACACCAGUAGUUUCAAUUCUCACUGAUGUAAAUACGACUUGGAUCAUCUAUUGGUAUUCAGCAGAAAACACUAUCAGCUUCAUUGAGGUCAACAGACCUGUCGGUAUGUCUAUUCUUCAAGCUCUCAUCAACAAGCAUCACAUAAUAAGUCACAAGAAGAUUAAGUUGGGCUCUGGCACUGGCGAUGGUGGUGAUGAUGGAGACAAAGGUGGCGAUCCGAAAGAACGUCAGGCACGUGAUAUAUUCUCGUCCGCGCUGAACCCUUUCAACAUAUCAUUCCCAGGACCAGGCAACAAACGGAAAUUAGAUGAAACUAACGACGGCAUUGAAUCUGGAACUCACUGCGAGGACUUGUUCGAUUACAUCGCUCUGAAGCUCAGACCUGCAAUCCCUUACUCGGAUCGAUUCAUUUUCGACUCACUCAUUGUCGAUAUCGACGAUGAACAAGAGAUAGCGCACGAACCAAGUCAUCAGAUGUCUACCUUCUUGGAGGAGGUAGCAUAA